ACGAAAUCACGCCCAACACCCACGAGUCCACCACCCACACUCAAUUCAGCCAUGGCGUCCAGCGGCUCAGAGUCGCCUUCAAAGAUGAAGCGCUCCCGUGCAGAAAUGGAAGCCGAAGACGACGCACCCGCACAAGCACAAGCACAAGCAAACGACGACGACACCUCCUCAGAUGACGAUGACUUCGGCCCCGCGCUGCCCUCCUCGGCGCCCAAGAAAAAGAAGCGCAGACUGCCCUACGAGAAACUCUACGUCGCGGCGCUGCCCGGCGCAAACCGCUACUUCAAGUCGCUCAUGCACCGCGAGCAGCUCUGCUUCACGACACUGACCCCCUACACCGACUUCCUCAUCACGAGCUCCAUCGACGGCGUGGUCAAGUUCUGGAAGAAGGAUUUCGGCGGUGUGGAGUUUGUUAAGGAGUUUCGCGCGCAUGCGGGCGAGAUACGGUCCGUUAGUGUGAGUGCUGAUGGACGCAGCUUUGCGACGGCUGGGUCGGAUAAGACGGUUAAGAUCUUUGAUGUUGUUACGUUUGAUCUGCUGGCUAUGCUGAGUGUGGAGUAUGUGCCUAAGGCGGUUUGCUGGGUGCAUGGUAGGGGUGCGAGUUUUCCGCUGCUGGCUGUUAGUGAGGAGGAGAAGGGCUGGAUACGGAUAUACGAUGGGAGAGGCGAGAAUCCCGAGCCACUCCAUACACUAAAGAGUGUGCAUAGGGCGCCCGUCAGUCUGAUGUCGUACAACAAUGCAUUCGACUGCGUCGUCAGCGUGGAUCAGGGCGGCAUGAUCGAGUACUGGCGGCCGAGCGGGACCUUCGAAAAGCCAGACAACGUCUUCAGCAUGAAGAGCUCCACAAACCUCUUCGACUUCAAGAAAGCAAAAUGCGUCCCCUCCUCCCUCACCAUCUCGCCCACCGGCAAGCAAUUCUCCACCUUCUCCUUCCCGGACCGCAAGAUCCGCAUCUUCGACUUUGCAUCCGCAAAACUAUACCGCACAUACGACGAAUCCAUCGAGACAAUCACCGCCAUGCAGCAAGCCGGCACCGCAGUCCAACACCUCGAAGACAUGGAAUUCGGCCGCCGCAUCGGCAUAGAACGCGACCUCGACACGCCCUCGACCCGCGCGCGCAUGAACGUCAUCUUCGACGAGACCAGCAACUUCAUCCUAUAUGGCAGCAUGUACGGCGUCAAAGUGCUCAACACGCUGACGAAUAAACUGGUCAAAUUGUACGGGCAGGAAGACACCCUCCGCCCCCUCUGGCUAUCCAUCUACCAGGGCGCCCCGGAGAAAAAGGGAAUCGUGACCGUCGAAAUGGCUGCCUCGGAGAACCCCCUCCUCCAGGAAGCAGAGACCCGCGACGCUAUGCUCGUCGCUACCGGCGCGGGGAAGGUCCGCUUCUACAUGUACACCAACAGCACCGACAUCUCGAAAUCUCGCGACGUGCAGAACGAAAAGCCCCUCGCUCCCAAAAAAUCCGGCACAGCGGACGCCGCCGCUGCCGCCACAGGUACAACAGCGAUCCUGCACACUACCUACGGCGACAUAUCACUCCGUCUCUUCCCCGCCGCAGCCCCCAAGGCCGUAGAAAACUUCGUCACGCAUGCGAAGAGGGGGUACUACAAUAACGUCAUCUUCCACCGCGUUAUCCGCAAGUUCAUGAUCCAGACGGGCGAUCCGCUGGGUGAUGGUACCGGCGGGGAGAGUAUCUGGGGCGGGAACUUUGCGGAUGAAUUUGAUCCCGCGCUGAGGCAUGAUAAGCCGUAUGCGCUUAGUAUGGCGAAUGCGGGGCCGGGGAGUAAUGCGAGUCAGUUUUUUAUUACGACGGAGAAGGCUACGUGGUUAGACGACAAACACACCAUCUUCGGCCGCGCGGUCUCGGGCCUCGAUGUCGUGCAUAAGAUUGAGAAUACGAAGGUUUAUAAGGAGAAGCCCGAGCAGGAUAUUAAGAUUAUUAGUAUUUCCAUAUCGUAAGUCGUAAGAAGGUAGGAGGAGAUAAAUCUGGAGAGAAAGACGAGAGGCUUGGAUGGGGGUGUGGAGUGUUUGGGCUGUGUUGGGUUGGGUUGAGGGUGGGAGAUUUUCUGGAAUGAGUUGAAUAUGAUGGACAGACAGACAGACAAGCUGACAAAGAAGAAGACGUUAAAUGGUAUUCCGACUCCUCUCUUCUCAUUCCAUUACUACUCCCUCCACCCUCCAUACCUCUCUACUUUCCAGCUCUUUGUCCUCCCCAAACCCACCCCUUUUCCUUUCCCUAGAUAGAUUCACCAAAACGUCAGUUUCUCCGCAACCGCAUCCGUAGCCUUGAAGAACACAUUAUGCCG